AAAUAGUACUUUUUGCCAGAAACGUGGACAAAUUGGAUGUUUGACUUGACAUGAUAAAGAGGAACUUGUAGGAGAAGUGAACAGUUGCGCACGUCAAGUUGCACUAUAUGGAGCGGCUUAAAGUCUACGCCCGUAACACAUCGCCGGUUAAAUUCUUCCUUAAGCCCAGAAAUGGAGAUAUUUGCUUGGGAGAAUGUGCCGACAUGCUCAAGAGGGCCAGAACGGCUUUCCGGGCCGGCCGCACCACCAGUGAAAGCUUCAGGUUGGCCCAGCUGGAUGCUCUGAUACGCCUGGUCUUUAACCAUGAGAGUGAAUUUGCUGAUGCCCUGGGCAAGGACCUCCACAAGCCUCGCUUUGAGUCAGUGGUUACAGAGCUGGUCCUGGUGAAGAAUGAAGCUCUCUAUGCUGUAAAGAACCUCCACAAAUGGAUGGAGCCCGAGAGUGUUGAGAAAACCCUGUCCACAGCUCUUGAUGAAUGCAUGGUAGUCAGUGAGCCUCUUGGAACUGUCUUGAUCCUGGGCUCCUGGUCAAGCCCUGUACAACUGUGUCUGGUGCCUCUGGUUGGGGCCAUAGCUGCAGGAAACUGUGCCAUCAUCAGUCCAUCUGAACAAUGCGCACACACAGCAGAGCUCCUUCAGAAGCUCCUGCCGUCAUACCUGGACAAUGAAUGUUAUCAUGUUGUCCUUGCAGCAGGAAAUGAAGUUCCUGAUAUUGUGGAUUUGAAGUUUGACCACGUCUUCUACUCUGGGACUCGAGAAGAAGGAACCAAGGUGUGUCAGGCCGCAGCCCGCCACCUCACGCCAGUCACCUUGGUUCUGAGCGGGAAGAACCCAUGUUACGUGGACCGCGAAUGUGACAUCAACGUCGCGGCCCGCCGCAUCGCCUGGGCUCGGUUCCAGAACAGUGGACAGAACAUGGCGUCGCCAGACUACAUUCUGUGUCACACGGAGGUAAAGGAACCUCUGCUGAGGGCCCUGCGUGACGCUCUGGUGACGUUCUACGGUUCCGACCCCCGCCAGUCGACAAGCUAUGGGCGGCUGGCGAGCUUGGAGAAUUUCACCCGCAUCAGAGACCUGCUCUGGAAGUCGGGCAAUGUGCUAAUGGGAGGGCAGGUGAAUGAGGCAGAGAAGUUUGUUGCGCCAACAUUAUUGGGAGACGUGUUCCAGAAUGAUCCGGUGAUGCUGGAAGAGUAUUCCGGUCCACUCCUUCCAGUCCUCACGGUUCAGACCGUUGACGAGGCAAUUACCUUCAUCAACAGCAGAGACAAGCCUCUAUGUACAUAUGUGUAUUCCAGCAACAGUAAGGUGAUCUCCAGACUGAUGAAGGAGACCACCAGUGGCAGCUUCUGCUCCAAUGACAGUGUUCUACAGAGCCUCAUGCCCUGCCUGCCCUUUGGAGGAGUGGGGCCGAGUGGGAUGGGCUCCUACCACGGACGCUACAGCUUUGACACCUUCUCCCAUAAGAAGUCUUGUCUCUUGCGGGCAACCCAGAAGGAGAGCCUCACCUACCUUUCUGCUGAAGUUCUUUUGCUGUUUGUUUUUUAGUAGGUGUUAGACAAAACCUUUGCUACACAAUAUCUUGUUUAUUCAGGACAUGUAGCUCUCUGAUGACCAGAAUUCAUGCAUUCGUUCAUUUGGUCUGUGUAGUAGCUUAGACUAGGCAAAACAGCUGGAAUAAUUGACAAUACUUUUGAGAACUUUGUUUUCAGAAUUGUGCAAGUUCAGUUUAACCGCUCAUUUUCCCCUGGUAGAUAGAUAGAUAACCUCAACAAAUCUGUAAUGAAGUCCUGUUAAAGGCCCAUGGCACAUUUUUUUAGUGGUUUAUUUCCAGAAUGCAGCCUAUUGACAAAUUUCAACUUUUUAAAAGGGCUUUUUGUGUCUUUAUUGGUGGGGAGUGAGAGAGAGAGAGAUGGGGAAGGGCUGAGACUCGACCCCUGUUUGAGUCUGGCUUGCAUGCAAGCUCAUGUGUGGGGGGCUGAGAAUGCACUUCAAUAACACACAUUUUGGAAAUAAAUCACUAAGAUUACACAGGACCUUUAAAGGCUUGUUGUACUGUACUGUAUGUGUUGUCAGGUGUGAUCACAUGCCAUGUAUGAAACAAUUGCCUGAUGUUCACAAAGUGAAUAUAGUUAUUCUGAUUACACACCUUGCCAUUAUGUCAGCUGAUAUGGAACAGAAGUGUCAGUUCUGAUUUCUAAUACACUGUGGGCCAUUAC